CCAAUGAAUGUGAACAUGAGGCCUGUCACCGGAGCUGUUCUCAAGACGCUACUUCUGUUAUCUACUCCAGAUUGGAACAGGGUUUUAGCUGGGAAUUCCUACGAUUGUGAUGACCCUCUGGUGUCUGCCUUGUCUCAGGCAUCAUUCAGCAGUUCAUCCGAGCUCUCUAGCAGCUAUGGUCCUGGAUUUGCAAGGCUAAAUCGAAGAGAUGGAGCUGGUGGCUGGUCUCCACUUGUGUCAAACAAAUACCAGUGGUUGCAGAUUGACCUUGGAGAGAGAAUGGAGAUCACCGCUGUGGCCACCCAAGGGGGAUAUGGGAGCUCCAGCUGGGUGACCAGCUACCUCCUAAUGUUCAGUGACAGUGGCAGGAACUGGAAACAGUAUCGACAAGAGGACAGUAUCUGGGGAUUUUCAGGAAAUGCAAAUGCAGACAGUGUUGUGUACUAUAGACUCCAGCCUUCUAUCAAAGCCAGAUUUCUGCGCUUCAUCCCUUUAGAGUGGAACCCCAGGGGCAGAAUUGGAAUGCGAAUCGAGGUGUUUGGAUGUGCAUAUAGAUCAGAGGUGGUUGAUCUUGAUGGGAAAAGUUGCCUUCUCUACAGAUUUGAUCAAAAAUCCCUGAGCCCAAUAAAGGAUAUAAUUUCUUUGAAAUUUAAAACUAUGCAGAGCGAUGGGAUUCUACUCCACCGGCAAGGGCAAAAUGGAGGUCACAUCACACUGGAAUUAAGAGGAGGAAAACUCUUUUUAGUUAUUAAUUCAGGUGAAGCUAAGCUGCCCUCCACUCACGGCCCGAUCAGUCUCACCCUGGGCAGCCUGCUGGACGACCAGCACUGGCAUUCCGUGCUCAUCCAACGCUUGGGCAAACAAGUCAACUUUACAGUGGAUGAGCACAGACGUCGUUUCCACGCCCAGGGAGAGUUCAGUUACCUACAUCUCGAUUAUGAGAUCAGCUUUGGAGGGAUUCCAGCACCUGGAAAAUCAGCGUCAUUCCCCCAUAAACAUUUUCAUGGGUGUUUAGAAAAUCUCUAUUAUAAUGGAGUGGAUGUUAUUGAUUUGGCCAAGCAACAGAACCCACAGAUCAUCAUUAUGGGAAAUGUGUUGUUUUCUUGUUCAGAACCACAGUCUGUGCCUGUGACUUUUCUGAGCCCCAGGAGUUACUUAGCACUGCUGGGCUCUUCCGGGGAGGACGAAGUUUCUGCCACUUUUCAAUUUCGAACCUGGAAUAAGGAGGGGCUACUGCUAUUCAGUGAGCUUCAGCUGGUUUCAGGAGGUCUCCUCCUCUUUCUUAAUGAUGGAAGACUUAAGGUGAAUCUCUACCGUCCAGGAAAAUUACCCAGUGACAUCACAGCAGGUGUUGGAUUAAAUGAUGGGCAGUGGCAUUCCGUCUCUUUGUCUGCCAAAAGGAGUUACCUGAGCGUGGUGGUGGAUGGCCAAGUGGCUUCUGCAUCUCCUUCCCUGGGGCCUGAGCAGAUUUAUUCAGGGGGCACCUAUUAUUUUGGAGGUUGUCCUGACAACAGCUUUGGAUCCAAAUGUAAAAGUCCACUUGGUGGGUUUCAGGGAUGUAUGAGACGCAUUUCUAUCAAUCACAAGAUGGUAGAUCUGAUUUCAGUUCAGCAGGAGUCCCUUGGGAACUUCAGCGACCUUCAGAUAGACUCAUGUGGAAUCACAGACAGGUGUUUGCCCAACUAUUGCGAACACGGUGGUCAAUGUUCCCAGACCUGGGACACCUUUCACUGCAACUGUACAAACACUGGAUACAGGGGAGCAACUUGCCACAACUCUAUCUAUGAGCAGUCAUGUGAAGCCUAUAAGCAUAGAGGAAAUACUUCAGGAUUUUACUAUAUAGAUGCAGAUGGAAGUGGUCCCCUGGAACCAUUUCUUCUAUAUUGCAAUAUGACUGAAACUGCGUGGGCCAUCAUCCAGCACAAUGGCUCCGAUGUAACAAGAGUCCGCAGUACCAACCCAGAGAAGCCCUAUGCUGGAUUUUUCGACUACGUGGCCAGCAUGGAGCAACUGCAGGCCACAGUUAACCGUGCGGAGCACUGUGAACAGGAGCUGACCUACUACUGCAAGAAGUCACGACUUGUAAAUAAGGAAGAUGGAACCCCUCUGAGCUGGUGGGUUGGAAGAACCAAUGAAACACAAACUUACUGGGGAGGUUCUUUACCUGAUCCUCAAAAAUGUACUUGUGGAUUAGAGGGGAACUGCAUUGAUUCUCAGUAUUACUGCAACUGCGAUGCUGACCGGAAUGAAUGGACCAAUGACACUGGAUUCCUUUCUUAUAAAGAACAUCUGCCAGUAACUAAGAUUGUGAUCACAGACACCGGUCGACCACAUUCAGCAGCAGCCUAUAAACUAGGGCCUCUGCUCUGCCGGGGAGACAGGUUAUUUUGGAAUUCAGCUUCCUUCAAUACUGAGGCUUCAUACCUUCAUUUUCCUACUUUCCACGGAGAACUUAGUGCAGACGUGUCUUUCUUUUUUAAGACAACAGCUUCAUCUGGGGUAUUUUUAGAGAACCUGGGGAUUACUGAUUUUAUACGGAUAGAGCUACGCUCUCCUGCAGUCGUGACAUUUUCAUUCGAUGUGGGGAAUGGGCCUUUUGAAAUCUCGGUGCAGUCACCCACUCACUUCAGCGACAACCAGUGGCACCACGUUAGGGUUGAGAGGAACACGAGAGAGGCAUCUGUUCAAGUGGAUCAGCUCUCACCAAGGACGCAGCCCGCUCCGGCUGAUGGGCAUGUCCUCCUGCAGCUCAACAGUCAGCUCUUUGUGGGUGGAACAGCCACCCGACAGAGGGGCUUUCUGGGAUGCAUUCGGUCUCUGCAGUUGAACGGAAUGGCCCUGGACCUGGAAGAAAGAGCCAAGGUGACUCCGGGAGUGGAGCCGGGCUGCAGAGGGCACUGCAGCAGCUACGGGAAGUUGUGCCACAACGGCGGGAAGUGCAGGGAAAAGCCCAGCGGCUUCUCCUGUGACUGCACCUCCUCUGCAUACGCAGGGCCGUUCUGCUCAGACGAGAUUUCUGCCUAUUUUGGAUCUGGCUCAUCUGUGAUUUACAAUUUUCAAGAAAAUUACUCCCUAAGUAAAAAUUCCAGCUCCCACGCGGCUUCAUUUCACGGUGACAUGAGGCUAAGCAGGGAAACGAUCGAGUUUAGCUUCCGCACCACACGGACCCCGAGCUUGCUGCUCUACGUCAACUCCUUUUAUAAAGAAUACCUUUCAGUUAUCAUUGCCAAAAAUGGAAGUUUGCAGAUCAGGUACAAGCUAAAUAGACAUCAGGAACCCGAUGUUGUUAACUUUGAUUUCAAAAACAUGGCUGAUGGACAGCUUCACCACGUAAAGAUUAACAGAGAAGAAGCAGUGGUCUUUGUGGAGAUUGAUGAGAAAGCGAGGAGACAAGUCCACCUUGCAUCAGGUACAGAACUCAGUGCGGUCAGAUCCCUUGUACUGGGCAGGAUUCUAGAACACAGUGACGUGGACCAGGAGACGGCACUGGCAGGUGCACAGGGCUUCCUGGGCUGUCUCUCUGCUGUGCAGGUCAGCCACGUGGUCCCGCUGAAGGCCGCUCUGCACCGCAGCCGCCCAGCCCCCAUCACCAUCUCAGGACACGUGACGGAGUCCAGCUGUGUGGCCCAGGCUGGCACCGAUGCCACAUCAAGGGAGAGGACACACUCCUUUGCAGAUCAUUCUGGAACAAGAGAUGACAGAGAACCCGUCACUAACACAAUCAAGAGUGACUCUGCAGUAAUUGGAGGUUUGAUAGCUGUUGUGAUCUUUAUCUUGCUGUGCAUCACUGCCAUAGCUGUCCGCAUUUAUCAGCAGAAAAGGUUAUACAGAAGAAAUGAGGCAAAAAGGUCAGAGAAUGUAGACAGUGCUGAGGCUGUUUUGAAAAGUGAGCUUAAGACACAAAAUGCAGUCCGUGAAAAUCAGAAAGAAUACUUCUUCUGA